AUGCGAGAGAAGACCAAAGCCUACAAGGAAUGGGCUCUGGCUGUUGUCAAUAACACCCAAAACCCGCUUUUCAGAGAGCACAUCAGACAUCCUUGGCAAGAGUUUGGCUUUGACAUUGAUUCCAGGGUCUGCAUCUUCGAAUUUGAGGGGGAUCAUCGUGGCAAAGACAAUCCUCAAUUUGACGAUGCAAGGGACAUGCUCAUGCACUGGGAGAAUACACCAAAGGACGGUACAUCUGAAACCAAGAAUCGGCGGAUAAUUCUCGUCCAGGAUAUGCAUCCUCGGAUAAUCGAGCUCUUGGGCGUUAAAUUAGACAUUCCACCUCACUUUUUUCUGGCUCAUUGUGAUGGAUUCGUGGAUCUUAGUGUUAUCGACGACGCGUAUGCCAAGCAGAACAGUUCAACCUACUGGAAGGUCACGGUGCCACGAUGGCGUAGUAUACCUGAAAACGUACCUAAUGGGGACUAUUACGUCGAGGCUGGAAAUUUCUCCCGUCUAGAACUUCAAAAGAACACGAGAUUAACGUAUGCUAGUCUCGAAAGUCUUGUAUCAUACUGGGGAAAGAGCUACGAGCCUGAUUCGUGGACUGCCGUCGUAUUGAUCGAUCCAUAUAAGACUUACCUUCGUCCAAAAUCGACUGACUCUUCGAACACACCUGCCCGCUACGAGUUGACUGAUAUAUCUUUCAAUAGAGAUUUCUUGUAUGAAGUAAUGAACACGGGCAUUAGAUCAGAUACUCGUCAGUCGUCCCAGCGAUCCACCUUCGACGCCGCAGUUGCGGCUUAUGGCUCAGACCAGUUAGACAAGCUACCACAUACGAAGGAUCCCUUUACAGGUACGAUGUUCGUCCGGAAUAUCAUCCGUUCUGCCUGGGAAGACUUCGUUAUUCGUCGCGCGAGGGAAGUGCACGAUCUAAUUAUAGAAGACCAAAUGGAACACGACACAUCCAACAGUGGCAAAUAUCAGGCGAGGAUAUCGUCUUGGGAUACCAGUACAAUUGACUCAUAUCAAGCUCUCAUGAUAAUCCGACAAGUUAUCCACGACGAAAAGAAUGCCGUUAAUUCUAUCAUGUGGAAAUUCCGGUGCAGAGAUACCCUUUCUCCGCCACCGCAACGCAAUCUAUCACAGGAUGGCAAUGUGCAGCAGGAACGCGUACAAGACAGCUCGGAGGAAGAAGGGAAAUCAUGGACGAUGAUUUACGAGGAAUUAGCGAGGGUAGAGUCGACUAUAGCCGACCACAUGGAAAUGUGGUCGCAGCGUGCAACGUUGGUACAGACAGCGGCAGCUAACAGACUAGCCCGGACUUCAGGACAGUUGACCAAGAUUGUGACAAUCAUCGUCCCGUGCUCCUUCGUCGCAUCUAUCUUCUCCAUGGGCGGGCGGUUUGCAGCGGGUGAGGAUUAUUUCUUUGUUUAUUGGGCCAUCUCCCUACCCGUGACCUGCGCGCUCCUUUCCUGGGUGCUUUACGGGGAUAUUCAGGACGUAUACCAGAAGGCCAGGGCAACGGAUCAAGUUCAUCGCAUAGAACAGGUUUGGCUUAGACGUAGUAAGGUCAAAGAUGUCGAACAGAAAGUGUAA